CGCCCGGUCAGCCCCGAGGAGUUGCCCGGUGGCCGCGGCAGACGGAAGCCGAGCGAGAGUCUCGGCAGAGGUGGCGGCAGGAUGGGAGACUCCAAAGUGAAAGUGGCCGUCCGGAUCCGUCCCAUGAACCGAAGAGAAAUUGACUUGCAUACCAAGUGUGUGGUGGAUGUAGAUGCAAACAAGGUUAUCCUUCAUCCUGUAAAUACUAAUCUUUCCAAAGGAGAUGCCCGAAGCCAGCCAAAGGUGUUUGCAUAUGAUCAUUGCUUCUGGUCUAUGGAUGAAUCUGUCAAAGAAAAGUAUGCAGGUCAAGAUGAUGUUUUUAAGUGCCUUGGGGAGAAUAUUCUUCAAAAUGCUUUUGAUGGCUAUAAUGCAUGUAUCUUUGCCUACGGACAGACUGGAUCUGGAAAAUCUUACACCAUGAUGGGUACAGCUGACCAACCUGGAUUAAUCCCAAGACUUUGUAGUGGACUCUUUGAACGAACUCAGAAAGAGGAAAAUGAAGAGCAGAGUUUUAAAGUAGAAGUGUCCUAUAUGGAAAUUUAUAAUGAAAAAGUCAGAGACCUUCUUGAUCCCAAAGGAAGCCGUCAAACGUUAAAAGUCAGAGAGCAUAGUGUGUUGGGACCCUAUGUCGAUGGACUUUCUAAACUGGCUGUCACAAGCUAUAAGGAUAUUGAGUCUUUGAUGUCUGAGGGUAACAAAUCUCGUACGGUUGCUGCAACCAACAUGAAUGAGGAGAGUAGCCGAUCCCAUGCGGUCUUCAAAAUCACCCUCACACAUACUUUGUAUGAUGUGAAGUCUGGGACAUCUGGAGAGAAAGUCGGCAAACUGAGCUUGGUCGAUUUGGCUGGCAGCGAGCGGGCCACAAAAACCGGAGCCGCCGGUGACAGGCUGAAGGAGGGGAGCAACAUCAACAAGUCUCUCACAACCCUCGGUCUGGUUAUCUCAGCCUUAGCAGAUCAGAGUGCUGGCAAAAACAAGAAUAAAUUUGUUCCAUAUCGUGACUCAGUUCUCACGUGGCUGCUCAAAGACAGUCUUGGGGGUAACAGCAAGACAGCCAUGGUAGCUACUGUGAGUCCAGCAGCUGAUAACUAUGACGAAACCCUUUCAACUCUGCGGUAUGCAGAUCGCGCCAAGAACAUCGUGAACCACGCCGUGGUGAAUGAGGACCCUAACGCACGAAUUAUCCGGGAUCUACGGGAAGAAGUAGAGAAACUCCGGGAGCAGCUAACCAAAGCAGAGGCAAUGAAAUCUCCAGAACUAAAAGAACGGCUGGAAGAAUCAGAGAAGCUAAUCCAGGAAAUGACUGUGACCUGGGAGGAGAAAUUAAGGACGACUGAGGAGAUUGCUCAGGAACGGCAGAAACAACUUGAAAGUCUUGGAAUAUCACUUCAAUCUUCUGGAAUUAAAGUUGGGGAUGAUAAAUGUUUCCUUGUUAAUCUGAAUGCUGAUCCUGCUUUGAAUGAACUUCUGGUUUACUAUUUAAAGGAGCAUACAUUGAUAGGUUCAGCAAAUUCUCAAGAUAUCCAGCUGUGUGGAAUGGGAAUUCUCCCUGAACACUGUAUUAUAGACAUCAUGCCAGAAGGCCAGGUUAUACUGACUCCUCAGAAGAACACCAGAACAUUUGUAAAUGGCUCGUCUGUAUCCAGUCCUGUACAGCUACACCACGGGGACAGGAUAUUAUGGGGAAACAAUCACUUCUUCAGAUUGAAUUUGCCUAAAAAGAAGAAGAAAGCAGAUCAAGAGAAUGAGGACCAGGAUACCUCCCUGAAGAAUGAUACCAGUUCUGAGCAGCUGGAUGUGGACGGAGAUUCCUCUAGCGAGGUGUCCAGUGAAAUCAACUUCAACUAUGAAUAUGCCCAGAUGGAGGUUACCAUGAAAGCUCUGGCUAAUAAUGAUCCAAUGCAGUCAAUAUUGAACAGCCUCGAACAACAGCACGAAGAGGAAAAGCGAUCUGCAUUAGAGCGCCAGAGGCUUAUGUAUGAGCAUGAAUUGGAGCAACUACGAAGAAGGCUGUCUCCUGAGAAACAAAACUGCCGUAGUGCGGACAGGUUUUCUUUCCACUCACCCAGUGCUCAGCAGCGCUUGAGACAGUGGGCUGAAGAGAGAGAAGCGACAAUGAAUAACAGCCUGAUGAGGCUGCGGGAACAAAUUGUUAAGGCCAAUCUGUUGGUGAGAGAAGCUAAUUACAUUGCAGAAGAACUGGAUAAGAGAACAGAGUAUAAAGUAACCCUACAGAUUCUAGCCUCCAGCCUCGAUGCCAACAGCAAGCGAGGCUCUCUUCUUAGUGAACCUGCAAUCCAGGUGAGAAGAAAAGGAAAAGGAAAGCAGAUUUGGUCUUUGGAAAAAUUGAACAACAGGUUGUUGGACAUGAGAGAUCUUUAUCAGGAGUGGAAGGAGUGUGAAGAAGAUACCCCAGUAAUACGGUCUUACUUCAAGCGUGCUGAUCCAUUCUACGAUGAGCAGGAAAAUUACAGUCUCAUUGGGGUGGCUAAUGUCUUCCUCGAAUCCCUCUUCUAUGAUGUGAAGUUACAAUAUGCUGUUCCUAUUGUCAACCAGAAAGGAGAGGUGGCAGGUCGGCUGCAUGUGGAGGUGAUGCGGAUCAGCGGUGACAUUGGGGAAAGGAUUGCCGGUGGGGAUGAGGCCUCAGACACCUCCUUUGAUAAGGAAGCCCCUGAGAACAAACUUACGUGCAUGGUUAAAAUACUCCAAGCCACUGGGCUGCCACAGCAUCUGUCGCACUCUGUAUUCUGCAAAUACAACUUCUGGGACCAGCAGGAGCCAGUCUUUGUUAAACCCGAAGUGGAUACCUCAUCCUCUCCUGUUAGCAAGGAACCUCAGUGCAUGGUUGUCUUUGAUCAUUGUCAUGAGUUUUCUGUUAACAUCACUGAAGACUUUGUUGAACACCUUUCAGAAGGGGCAUUGGCAAUUGAAAUAUAUGGCCAUAAAGUGACAGAUCCUCGGAAAAACCCAGCCCUGUGGGAUCUGGGGAUUAUCCAAGCGAAAACACGUAGUCUUCGGGACAGAUGGAGUGAAGUCACCAGGAAAAUGGAAUUCUGGGUUCAAAUUUUGGAGCAGAAUGAGAAUGGUGAAUACUGCCCUGUAGAAGUAAUUUCUGCAAAGGAUGUGCCUACAGGAGGAAUCUUCCAGCUCCGGCAGGGGCAGUCCCGGCGAGUCCAAGUGGAAGUGAAGACUGUGCAGGAGUCUGGGACGUUACCUCUGAUGGAAGAAUGUAUAUUGUCUGUUGGAAUUGGAUGUGUAAAAGUUAGAGCCCUCAGAUCCCCCAAGACACAGGAGAUCUUCCAUGAGGAAGAGGAGGACAUGGACAGCUACCAGGAUCGGGAUUUAGAGAGACUACGAAGAAAAUGGCUAAAUGCGUUAACAAAACGUCAGGAAUACUUAGAUCAACAACUACAAAAGCUUGUCAGUAAACAUGAUAAAACAGAGGAUGAUGCUGACCGCGAAGCUCAACUGCUAGAGAUGAGGUUGACUCUCACCGAAGAAAGGAACGCAGUCAUGGUCCCCUCCGCUGGCAGUGGCAUUCCAGGGGCCCCAGCAGAAUGGACCCCGGUUCCUGGGAUGGAAACUCAUAUUCCUGUUAUAUUCCUUGACUUAAAUGCUGAUGAUUUCAGCUCUCAGGAUAAUCUUGAUGACCCAGAAGCUGGCGGAUGGGAUGCUACCCUCACAGGGGAGGAAGAGGACGAGUUCUUUGAAUUACAGAUUGUAAAGCAGCACGAUGGAGAGGUGAAAGCAGAAGCUUCUUGGGACUCGGCAGUGCACAAUUGUCCUCAGCUGAGUAAAGGCACACCUACGGAUGAGCGAGUGUUUCUGAUUGUGCGGGUGACGGUCCAGCUCAGCCAUCCAGCCGACAUGCAGCUGGUAUUACGCAAACGAAUCUGCGUCAAUGUUCAAGCCCGUCCGGGUUUUGCUCAGAGUCUUCUGAAAAAGAUGUCUCAUCGAAGUUCCAUUCCAGGCUGUGGAGUGACUUUUGAAAUUGUCUCCAAUAUUCCAGAGGAUGCCCAGGGAGUAGAGGAACGAGAAACAUUAGCAAGAAUGGCAGCUAAUGUUGAAAACACGGCGUCUGCUGACUCAGAGGCAUAUAUCGAAAAAUAUCUCAGAAGCGUGCUGGCUGUGGAGAACCUCCUCACGUUAGACCGCCUGCGCCAGGAAGUUGCAGUGAAGGAGCAGUUGACAGGAAGAGGGAAGCUGAGUAGGAGGAGCAUUAGCUCUCCCAACGUGAACAGACUGUCCGGCAGCCGGCAAGACCUCAUUCCGUCCUGCAGUCUAGGCAGCAACAAGGGCCGGUGGGAAAGUCAACAGGAUGUAUCACAAAUCCCAGUUUCCAGAGGAGCAGCUCCCGCUGCCCCAGCCCUUCCUCGUGGUCCCCAAAAUAACCAUUCUCCUGAUCCAGGACUUAGUAGCCUAGCGGCCUCCUACUUGAACCCAGUAAAAUCCUUCGUGCCGCAGAUGCCAAAGCUGCUGAAGUCUCUCUUCCCCGUUCGCGAUGAGAAAAGGGGCAAACAGCCGCCUCCCCGCGCACAUCAGCCGGUGCCCCGAAUCCUGGUGCAGCCCGCCCUCCCGGACGCCAGGACAGCCAGGACGGCAGAGGCUCCCCGGGAUAGCAUGGGGGUGAGUGUGGCCCCAGACGUGACCGUGCAGGCUGCUCCAGUGCUGAAGACCAAGGAGAGACCAACUCAAGUGGCUUCGCCGCCGCAGUGCUCGGCCGCCAACACCCAGGCCCCCGAAGUGCAGGACGGGCCGCCCAGCCCCCUGAGCGAGGCCUCCAGCGGGUACUUCUCACACAGUGUCUCCACCGCCACGCUGUCUGAUGCCUUCGCCCCGGGCCCCGAUGCCGUGGCCCAGGCGGGCGGGCAGACGCCCGGCCCGCCCCCGUCUGUCCCCUGCCAGGCCAGCCCGGACACCGAGCCCCUGUUUCCAUCUGCUGCCCCUGGUGCAGACAGCACCCGCCCUGCCCAGCCAGAGGGUCAGAGCAGCCUUCUGUCACUGCCCAGCCCAGCAAAGCAGACUCCACGGGGUGACGGUGACGGCGACAGUGCCAGUGCGGCCCAGGCCAAGGGCGCGGUUCCCUUAGAGAAGCAGGAUGAAGAAGCAGGCCCUUCACCUACUCGUCUUCCUGCUUCUGCCCCUCAGGAGUCACCCAGCCCCCAGAGCAGAGAUGACAGUCCCCCGGCUACCAGGCCGCUGGGAAGACCCAAGGACCGGGCAGAGCCCGCCCUCGGCUUAGAGCCAGAUGUCUCCAAACCGCAGCUGCCUCCUGACCUCCUGUCUCAGUCGCCUGCUCCGACAUCCCCGUUCCGAAUCCGGAAGGUGCGAACCUCGGAGCUGAAGUCAUUCACGUGUAUGCUCGGUGGGGACCCCAGCUGCCCCUCUGGCACCCAGGAGGACCUGCUGGCCUCAGGACGGCCUGGUGACAACAGCUCUGGAGGACAGAACCUGGAGAAGCUGGAAGUUUCCUCCGAUUCUGAGGAAGCCAGUGAAGUCCCAGAGUGGCUCAGAGAAGGAGAAUAUGUUACCGUGGGCACCAACAAAGUGGGCAUCGUCAGAUACGUCGGGCCCACCGACUUCCAGGAAGGGACCUGGGUUGGCGUGGAGCUGGACUUACCUUCAGGUAAGAACGAUGGCUCCAUCGGAGGGAAGCAGUACUUCAAGUGCAACCCCGGCUACGGGCUGCUGGUGAGGCCGGGCCGGGUGCGCAGGGCGGCGGGCGCAGGCCGGCGGCGUAGUGCGGGGCUCCGGCUGCAGGGUGCCCCUGAGCCCCGCAGGAGCAGCACCCUCUCCGGCUCCGCCACCAACCUGGCCUCCCUGACCGCGGCUCUGGCCAAGGCCGAGGGCACCGUGGCGCCGCGGGUGGACAGGAGCCACAAGAACCCCGAGGGCCGGAAAUCCUGGGCCAGCUGAGCCAGCACCUUCCCCGGUGGACGCUCACAGCAGGGUGGCAGGCAGCCCUGGGCUGGAGUUGGAGCGGGGCGGCCCUGUCCCCUCCAGCCCCCUUCCUGGAGGAAGCAGGCAGUGAAGGCUUUUUGCACGACGCAGGGCUGGUGACCUCCCCACUUCUCCCAGGACUCUGGAAGCUUCGUUUCUUCCUCUACCCAGAGAACAAGGAGGAGGCCUCUCCUUGGGGUAGUGGGUUGAAGGUUCUAGGAACCCAGAGUGUGGUCCUGACUUGUGGGGAAGGAGGCCCUGGGGGCUCACCCCCCCAUCCCCUGGUCAAGGGGCUCUUCCCUCUUGGGGCCGCUGUGGCUCCUUCUCUGUUCUGGCAACCCCAUUAACCUCUUAAUUUAAGAAAUAACCCUAACCAGUGCUUCUCUUCCCACAGAGGGAGGGUCCUCCGCCCGCCUCCGGGGCUGGCCGGCUCCCUGGGCUCCCUGCACUCUCCUCGGCCUAAAUCCCCACACCAGGCACCACGGCCGGUGCCUCUGGGUGGCCUCUGGGGGCUCCUGGCCCAAGGCCCUGUGUGGCCUGAAGAGGGCCGCGGGGUCCGCCCGCCCACCGGUCCCUUGUCCUUCCCACAGCGGUUCUGAGGGUUUUCUCUGUGGUGUUUUAGCAUCUUUAUACCCAGAAAGUUUUUCUCCUUGCCAUUUAUUCCCCUAACAGAGUGUUUGGAAUGUAUUUAUUUGUAUUUAUUUUUCAAAAUCUGAAAUGAUUCGCGAGUCACAAUCGUCUGCACAGGUGCAUGAGCCCAGAGCCAGCCUCCUGCCUCGGGCAGAGGAGCCAGAGGAUGACCCCCUCCUAUGUUCCUUUAAUAAAGACACGCAAGUGGCCUUCCCCUAAGAUGACAGCGAGAAGUUGAAGAAUUAUGUUGUGCUUUCAGUCAGUGACAAAAUCAGUCAGAGGUGUAAGGCCUUACCUGGUGCAAUUCUGGUGUCUGGGUGUAACUUGUUGGCGCCUUGCUACCCGGACUCCCUCGGGAGGGAGCGCUGCUCCAUCAUCCCCGUGGCGCCGAGCCGAGCCGCACACCAGGUCCUGACGCAUGGCCUCGCCCCCUCCUCCCAGGAGCCUUGCUGGGCUCCCCUGCAGGGCAUCUGUGGAAGCCUGAAGAGGGCAGGUGCCUGGCAGACUGAGGAGGGGUGGACUCCGAAGGGCAGCCGCGCUCCUGGUCCUUCCUGAGGCAGGACCCCGGGGACACCAGCGCCUCUGCCUGCCACCCAGGCCAGGGCUGGGGCUUGCACACAGCACUCCUGGCUGCCCGUCUUUACAUCUCACGUUCAGACUCUUUAAAAACAAC